AUGGGAAGAGGAAGAGUAGAGCUGAAGAGGAUAGAGAACAAAAUCAACAGACAAGUGACUUUUGCAAAGCGUAGGAACGGUUUGUUGAAGAAAGCUUAUGAGCUAUCUGUUCUUUGCGAUGCUGAGGUUUCUCUCAUCGUCUUCUCCAAUCGUGGCAAGCUCUACGAGUUCUGCAGCACCUCCAACAUGCUUAAAACACUGGAAAGGUACCAGAAGUGUAGCUAUGGCUCCAUUGAAGUCAACAACAAACCUGCCAAAGAACUCGAGAAUAGCUACAGAGAGUAUUUGAAGCUGAAAGGUAGAUAUGAAAACUUGCAACGUCAACAGAGAAAUUUACUUGGAGAGGACCUUGGACCUCUGAAUUCAAAGGAGCUAGAGCAGCUUGAGCGUCAACUAGACGGCUCUCUGAAGCAAGUCCGUUGCAUCAAGACACAGUAUAUGCUAGACCAGCUCACUGAUCUUCAAGGUAAAGAGCAUAUCUUGCUUGAAGCCAACAGAGCUUUGUCGAUGAAGCUGGAAGAUAUGAUAGGCGUGAGAAGUCACCAUAUAGGAGGGGCAUGGGAAGGUGAUGACCAACAGAAUGUUGCCUAUGGACAUCAUCAGGCUCAAAAUCAGGGACUAUUCCAAUCUCUUCAAUGUGAUCCCACUCUGCAAAUUGGAUAUAACCAUCCAGUGUGUUCAGAGCAAAUGGCUGUAACGACGCAAGGUCAGCCCCAACAAGGAAACGGCUACAUCCCUGGAUGGAUGCUCUGA